AGAAAGGAUUGUAUACUGGGGGUGAGAACCGAAACUACUACAUUGUGGACACUUCAUUCUAUCAGAAGGAGCACGGUAUUUAAUGUUGUAUUGCACAGAUAGUAACAAAUAGCUCUAAAUUAAUUAUCCUAUGGGUGAUUAAGAAUACUUGCUAACUCUUUUCCGUGUUGUGUUAUGUUGUCCCUUUACGCCAUGGUCAAUAAUCUGAGGACGAAAUCAAAGUAUGCACUGCAAACACAACCAUGCGCCUGACCGUCCACAGCUAUUACCAUCAAAUCUGUUGGUAGAGCCAGUGCUAUAUCUUCGAAAAGAUACUGCAUCUGCCGUUUCAUCACACGAUAGAUAUCACAUCGUUACUUGUGAUGCAAAGAAAAAUAGCCAUGUAUAAAGUGAAGCUUUGGCGGCGACUGAAGUUGAUGAAAGUCUCUUGGGCUACAAGCCGCGUCAGGUGGCUGGAAGGCGAAUAAACCAUAUCUUCUGCCAACGUUCUCGAAACGUCUUUAAUCGAAGAAUAGCCAUGUACCCCGGAUCUAUGCUUUCCCUAGAAAGCUUCAAAGCCACCUUCCUCAAGAAGGCUAUAAAUACACACCAUACCAACAUAACGAAAGAGCCGUUCCUAAUUUAGGACCCAAGAUUAAACCAACUGCUGCCUUAUAUGUAUCAGCGCCUCAGAUCAACUCCUAAAGCAAAGGGAAUGGAAGAGAAACGAAACCUGGAGCGACUAGUAUGGUACAGAGAUAAUGUCGUAUCGAGAAUAUAUUAAUCGCCUACUACGAGCUGAGACGCAUUUGCUACACACAUAGCAGUGCAUUAUGGAUUCCACGGCAAUAUCUACAAAAACAAAUCCUUUCAUUCCCCAAAUAAAAGUUAUAGACUGUGUAAUAGCCCCUGUGAGCUAUACCAUAUACCAAAUUGCAAAUGAAGAACACAAUAUCAGAGUGAAAUAAGCGAGGAAAUCUGAAAUGUGCAUAUAGUGCUCAUGUUAUAAUUUAUUUAUAUUUGUAAUCUGUGCUUUCUCGUACCUUUGACGGUAAGGGAAUUAAAGGAUGAAAUGGCCGGUUAAGUAGAGCAGGUAUAUUGCACUGUGGUGCAUAAAUAGCCUCUUUUUUGCACAUCCUCGUGUUAAAGUUGGUGUCUCACGUUAAAAACUUUGUACAAAAGAGUUUUAAAUAUGUUGUCGUGAGUUGUAUCGGCUGUGUCUAAUAUUGCGCAGUAAUCUAUGGCCUAACAUUUGAUGAAGAGGAAAUUUGUGUGCUGACUUUAAUUCCUGCUUAAGGUGCCUGAUUCUCCCCUCUUGAUGCUCUGUGUGCUUCUGGUACUUACAAGACGUACGAUCACACGACAUGCUUGUAUCUUUUACACUGGGACUGGUGCUUGCACAGUGUAUGUGGAAUCUGUAGCUGUGAUUUUGUUUGAUGUUUGUUGAUUGCGUCGUAGUGUGAGAUAACUUAUUCUUUGACAUGGACAUAAUGAACAUGGAUACUGAGGAUAAAGGAUGUUGCAGUGAAAUGGAAGCUUAUGCCUGUGAUACCAAGUCUGUGUUGCUGACUGAAUUUAUAAGUUGGGCACAGAAGAGGAAUAAUCUUAUAAAAUUACUACAGGAGUCAGUGUGUGCUGAUGGUCGUAUUUGCUUGGAAUUCAGUAUUGGAGCUGAUGAAGAUUUUACGCUCUUUUGCCCAUCAGAUUAUCCUCAUUAUGAAGAUAAUUUUUUUGUUGAGGCUACAUCAUCUCUUCAGUUUUGGUGCAAUGCAUUAAAUGAGUUUAUUCUUGAUGCUGACAUAAUGUUAUCUCUUGAUGCCAUAUUGGAGAAAGCAGCAUCUCUUUACUGUAACAAGGAACCAAACAGGUCACCCUGUUUAAGUUCUUCUGAUUCAGAGCCCGAGGGAUGUUCAGGUGAAGAUUUCAUGAUGGUUGAUGGUGACUUUACGGAGGGGGAAGAUUGGGAAUAUGUAUUAUGUCAGAAAAAGAGAAGAUGGCGCUUGAAGGAAGCAGAAUUGAGAGCUGCUAACAAGCAACCAAAAAUGUCUGACAUGUUUGAUGGAAAUGUCAAGGAUCAUCCAGAACAAAUUUUCAGCAACUCUGCGGCAUCUGGAAUAUUAACUAAUGAUUUAGUUGCUAUUAUGGAGUCAAAACACAAGACUGGUAUCAGUGCAGAACCUAUUGAUGAUAAUAUCUAUAAGUGGGCAGUGUUCCUGUCUUCAUUUGAUCCUCAAGGAAAAUUGAAUCAGGAUCUACAACACUUACACCAUAAAUAUGGGUACAGUUGUGUAGAACUCCAACUUGCUUUUACAAUGGACCUGUAUCCUUUCUACCCCCCAGUUGUGAAGGUUGUCCGGCCACGACUGCAAGGUUCCAUGAUGUUGCGUGUUUCUAGUAUGGACAUGCUGAAGUUGUCCCAUUGGAAUCCUGCACGAGAUAUGAAAUCUGUCUUGCAAGAGAUUAAAGAUUAUUUAAGCACAUGGGCAAGACUUGAUUUGGACAGUGAGCGCAAUGAUAUCGAGCGUUUCCCUCAGGGGUCUUAUAUUGAAAUGGAAAAUUAUCUUCUUUGGUUAGCAUGGGUGAGUGAAAUUCCUUCACGUGCUAACCUGCGAUUCCAAGGAACUGAACGUGAAACACAGAUGUCUUAUGUGCCCGACAGUGACAAGAACAAAUGUCGAGUGAAGUCUCGCUUUCCUGCAGGGACAGGCUACAGCUCCUCUAUUCAUAAAGGGUGGGAUAUAAAUGCAUAUCUGGCUGCUCAGAGGGAGAAAGACAAGCAAAUAGAAUGUGUGUUGCAAAAAAUCCUUGAAGAACUCAGAAAAGGCUCAGAUCCGAACCGUGACCUGAAUGUAAUAAUUAAAAAACCCUUUGGUGUUGAUGAUACAUAUACCAGUUUCACAGUCCCAUCCUGCAGUUCAAACCAAGCACUGAUGGAAGUGACAGAGAAGGAAUACAGUGCCAGUCAUAAGGCAGUGCAUGGCAGUAAUCAUGUAGCUGCACCACCAAAGAAGCAGUGUCUCGUGAGUUUGGAAUCUGAUACUGUCCAUAGUGAAUAUGGACAAGAUUGCAAAAUGCUUGAACUUGAGUCCUUGAAUGAGAAAGUGGUUACUCCAAAUAAGUGGAUCUCAGGAGUGUCCGAUCAACAAAAUGGUAAAACCGCCAUAGACCCCACAGAAGAUCUGUUCAAUGUGUUGGAGGCCUCCACUCUUGUGCCUUUCCUAGAAUCAAAGCUGCAAGUGGAUACAUUCCUUGAAAUUUGUCAGCAUACAGCAGUUUAUCGCUGUGUUAUUGAUAUUAUUGGUGAGUUUGCAUCAAGACCAAAACUUGUUAGCUUGUUGUGGAGUCUGCCAGACCAAGUGCAGUCCAUAUACACCUUGGUAAGCAGAUUGGAAGAGAAAGCAAAAGCUAUUUUAAUACAACUCUCCAAAGCAUCUGCAAAUGGAAAUAUUCCAACUGCAGUAGCAGACAAGAAAACGAGUAACUGCUCAUCAGUGAAGGUCAGUAACAAGAAUUUUUGCGGUAAUCCAGUCUCCGUUGAAGCGCCAGAAGAGGAGAGACUGGCUCGAGACUUCUACCAGAUGGGUCAAGCCGUUUCAAGAGCUCUUGAAAACCAAGGUCUCCUUGCAACAUGUGAUAAAGCUCAGUCACCAUCCACUUCACAGCAGUCUCCUACAGCAGGGAGUCUGGACUCUGAUGAGAACUUAGCCCAAACAUACAAGGAAGCGCUUAAGGACUUGCAGUUCUUGAGCUGUGACAUUGAGGUGGAAGGUGCAAGUGCACAUCACUUCAGCACCCAUUUUAAAAAGGCCCUCCCUCCAAAUUCUGCGCAGGUGAUGAGGAUUGCUCAAGAAAUGGGUGCGCUGUCGACCUCUCUGCCCCUUGAUCUGGCAUCAUCUAUCUUUAUUCGUAUGGAUGAUGCAAGAUGCACUUUACUGAGAGCACUUAUAAUAGGACCGGAAGGGACGCCUUACUCUGGUGGUUGCUUCCAGUUCGACAUAUUUUUUCCACAGCAGUAUCCCACAUCACCACCGCAAGUGCACUUAUGCACCACAGGCCUGGGUCAGGUCCGCUUCAAUCCCAAUCUCUACGCUUGUGGCACGGUGUGUCUUUCUCUCUUGGGCACGUGGAAGGGCUUACAAGGGGAACACUGGCACGAAACUUCCACCCUGCUGCAGGUCCUGGUUUCAAUACAAAGCUUGAUUCUGGUGCCAGAGCCUUACUUCAACGAACCAGGCUACGAGUCUAUGCUGGGUACAGACAAAGGAAAACAUGCGAGCACGUCCUACAACGAGAACAUUCUUGUGCAAACAAUAUGCCAUGCCAUGAUUGCCCAGCUGAAGAGGCCAAGUUCAGGCUUUGAGGAUGUAAUACACACACAUUUUCGAAUCAAGAAGAACCAUAUAUUAAAGGAAAUUAAGGAACAUAUGAAGACAUGUAGUAAUGUGAAGCCCCUGAAGAGAGCGUAUGAAUCACUGUGUGUUGAACUUGACAAGUUGACUUCUGUUUCAAGUAACGAUAUAGGAUAAAAUACAAAAGAAGAGACCACCGCUGUAAAAGAUUCUGUGUCACCUGUACAUUUAGGAGUGAAGACUUUCUUCAAACUGUGAUAUCUCUUGGCUGAGAGGGUUCAGAUACUUGAAACACUUUCCAACUACAGGCAGAACGAUCUUUAAAAGUGCCAUGAAAAACUAAUCAAUCCAAUAUGUAGAAUUUUUGGUACAAAAUUUAACUUGGUUUUGUCCAUUAUUUUUAAGUGUAUUUUGGGUUUGAGACUUUCGCUGCGAGUACAAUCAAUAAAAUCUUCUCGGGCAAUCAGCCGCGUUAACUAGUUACCGACGUUUCGGGAACCGACAUGCUCAGGUAUUUUGGGGAAACACCAGGCAGUAAGCAGAGUCAAACAAACCGAGCGCUUGACUCCGCCCCAUAACUCCUCGGGCCUGGGUCCGGACAUGAGCGCUGGUCCCGAGCAAGCAGUUACAUGGGCGACUCCCGAGGAUCCAGUCACAUCAGAACCCUGAAGAUGGAGAUGGUUUACUGUGGUGACCAGUUAAUGCGGCUGAUUUCCCGAGAAGAUUUUAUUGAGUGUUUUGGGUGUCGGUAAUCUAAAUAAUAUUUGAAACAGAUUGUAAUUUCCUCUCAUCAUUUGGAGGAAUACUUGAAAUUGUUAUUGAAUGAUAAAAGUGAUAUGUGAAGACUGAAAUUGUCGUUUGAAUUUUGUUAAUAUGUUUGCUGAAUGUUAUCGUCCAAUCUCUAGUGUCAGUAUGAAUACAUUGUGAAAAUAAUGCAGGUAUGGAAUAAACAGUAUGGAGGUAGAGAAUUUGCAAAGUAGCCAGUUCAGUGCAUUUGUUCCUUUUGUAAUUGAUGUCACUUUGUCACUGACUGUGUAUGUUCUGGAUUAAAAGUGUAUUUUUUAAAUGUGUCAUUAUAACAUAAAAAGACCAACUAUGUCAGUGUUGUGCAGCUUGAUCAGUUUAUAUAAAAUUUCAAAUUUUAAAAGUG